UAGAAACCCGCGAAGAUCCAACACCGUUCCUGGACAACAGGCGAUCAGCACGGUCCUCGCCACGAGAAACCAAUUUGCUCUCCGGCUGUGAGGCAAUGCCAUGUGCAACUUACGACGAGGGCACGGCAGUACCGAUACCUGGAAUAGUGAGCAUUCGGACUCAGAUCCACUUGCAGAUGUGGAACCCGAAACUGCUAAUUGUGGACGGCGAUGGCAACGAGAUUGCGUGUAUUGACAUGAAGGCAAAUCCUAAAAGGAUACUCCUAAAUCAGAGAAAAACCUGCAUUGAAUCGCCUCAAGGCACUGUUCAUAUUCCACAUAUCUUUUAUGGGGUAAAUGAAUGGUUACACUUCAACAUUUCACUGAAAGAUGAAGAGACUUUCAUUGCUAUGUAUGAGCCUCAUACCUCGAGAUAUCUGUUUAGAAUUCCUGUUUUGGGCCAGAGAGUUCAGGUAACCGAAUGUAGACGAUUCGGUUAUUCUCCUCAAUUCCCAUCCAUUGAGCAAACAACAGAUAAUGACUUUCCGAUAAAUACUAACGUCUCAUCGAAUAAGGCAACCAUAUCAAGCAGGAGUGACGAGAUCUUGAAAGAAAGUGAAGGCUUCGUUUCAACGACUCGUGAUCCAACAACAGAAGGCUGACCCGGCAAACCUUCUGCUGCUCAGGGUCACCACCUGCCUCGCGUUCUUAGCUACAACCCUUAGUAUCAUAAUCUUUAGCUUAUAUUUGCGUGUGAGAUCUUUUGUUCUAGUACUAUGAAGACAACUUCGAUGUUUCUAACCACUGCUCUUCAACCUGAGAGUCACAGCGUGUAUUUAGGGGAGCCAUGGCGGGCUAUCAUAAAUGUUGUGUCUCAAUAAAAUUGGAAGUCACUUUAUGAUGAAAAAUCCUCACGUGGAGGAGGGAGUGAGAGAGGAUAAUUGAAAACCACUGUUCAAAAGAAGAAAUGGCUAGCAAAGUAUUUUUAUAUCACUGCUUUCAUUUAUUGCAUUUUGUAGUUAAUGAAUGUUGAUUACUAU